CAAUCGAAAUAAGAAGAACAUUUUAAAAUAAUAAUGAAGUUUUUGAGAUUGUGUGAUGCGAUUGUUGGCAGCCAUUUUGGCAAGCAGUUCACUCUUCUCCCGGACUUGCCUGUGAUCACAUCGCGCUCCUCAUUUUUCACAUUGAAAUGAAUGACAAGUCUGCAAGUUCAUAAAAGUGUAAAUAUGUUGAUUUCUAACCAACAAAAGAAUUCGCAAAAAAUUUUCAAGAUGGCGUCAUGUCUUUGAAACUUUUGGAGGGAAACACUGCCACAAAAUUUUCUCAACAUAUUUUUCGUGUUUCAACAUUGUUAAUCGUCAAUGUCCAAAUGAAGAAGACGAUGGACAUUGUUCUCGAUCUGCGAAGAAGUGCAAAAAAAAAGAAAGAGAUCAUAUUUCUCACAAAGGAUUCACCGAUAGAUUCUAUCCUCGAUGGAUUGUGGUGUCACGUACUUCAAGGAUAAGGACAAAAGGAAAAAGGGACAUCUUAUCAGGAAGGACACAGGAUUCUCCAAUUUCAGACUAUUUAGAACUCGGUCUAUUUUUACGGUUAUUUUUCACAUUUUCUAAAUGGAAAUUUAACUUGAAAGUAGGGAUCUCUGGGGACUAUUUAGUUUUGAAAGAAAAAUCUCCUUGAAGCUGAGAAUUCGUCAUUAUAAGAUGUCCAGUGAUACAUGGCUUCGAUGUCAUUCUGCCUUGAUGCCGUUGACUUUGCUGUCUCUUCUCUUGCUUUUGGGAAUUCAUCUUCCGUUCGUUGUAGCUCAAUGCGGACCCUCAGCACAAGAAAAGCAAGACAGACAGAAUAAGCUGGCCCUAUAUAAAGUCACCCUGAAGACAUACUGGUCGAGAGCACGAUUCCCUAGGCACUAUCCGGAUUGGAAACCUCCUGCUCAAUUCGGCAAACUUGUUGGUCGAACUCACGACGCCACCUACACCCUUUACCAUCUGGGUGAGAGACUUUCGUCUGGUGUGAGGCAAUACGUUGAGACAGGAAGGACGGAUGGUCUUGAUACUGGGGGUGAAUUUCCAAACAUCUUACAAUCGUUCAUUGGCCCUUCAGUGCCUCAGGGUGAAGGUACAAGUAUUGCGAGGGCAUUUCUUGAUGGCAAUCAUUCUCUCAUCAGCGUAGUGGCUCGUAUCAAUCCAAGUCCUGAUUGGUUCAUUGGGGUCGAUUCCUUCCAACUAUGCGUCGAAGGCAACUGGGUGGAUACAGUUACUGUCGAGCUUGACCCAUUGGAUGGCGGAACUGACAACGGCUUUACUUUCACGGCUGCCAAUUGGCCAACACAACCCCAAGGGAUUGCCUAUAGGAUCACGUCGAGAUAUCCUGCACAUCCUGCAGGAAGUUUUUUCUAUCCGAAUUUACCACGUCUGCCUCCAAUCGCAACACUUACAUUCACUAAGUUGAGAGAGUACACAUUGACGGAAACGUAUCACGAGGACGAAGUCGAGAUGGAAUUUGUGAGCAACGAGAAUCUACUGUCGAAUAACCCGACCCCAAGAGGAAUCGAUCCGAAUAGAGACCUGAAUGAGGUCAUUGCUGAAGAACGAGGGGAAAUGGAUACCCAAAGAUACAGUUACUGGACAUCGGACAAUUCAAAAGAGAAAUUUAUAACGAGUGAACCGCGCGACAACAAUAAGGCAGCUAUCAUGAACAGUAUUGCCUCAUCUUAUGCACUACAACGACCGAGGUUUACAGCGACAUCGACGCUUUCACCGGAGAAAACGAAAGAUGAAAAAAAGCUCGAUGAUAUUGGAAACUGGUCAUAUUAUCGACCAUACCACAGUUCCUCAGACGCGCAGAAGGCGCAAAUAUUUGAGGAUAUUCAAAGGAAAAUCACCAACGUCACAAGCGUACCAGCCACUAGUCAUCCCUGGAGAAAUUCUACCAAUAUCAGAGAGCAUCAACAUAGAUUUAGGCCAAAGCAUCACAAAUACACCAAAGGAAAACGAAUUCGUACACGAUUGCCGAGGGAUUGCAAGGUCAGCGAAUGGGGUCCCUGGAGCGCUUGCAGUCGAACUUGUGGUGUCGGCGAAACCCAAAGGACAAGAAAAGUUGUCAUAAAACCGCGCAGAGGCGGAAUUCGUUGUCCACCUCUUAAAGAAACCAAAUGGUGCAGUGGAAUCAAUCCUUGUCACGAGAGUAGCCAAUCUUUCGUUGACACUCAUCGAUGGUAGUAUUUUGUCACACACACACACACAUACAAAUAUAUUUAAAUAUUUGGAUUAAAAAAAAAAAAAAUCCCUUCAUUAAUUUAUUUUUCGAAAAUUUUCAAAAAUUUGAGAUAAAUUCUCAAAAAAUAAUUUUUUUUUUUACACUUAUUCCAAAGACUAUUUUAAAGAAAGAACAGAAACAAAAAAAAUUCGAAUCUCUCUUUGAAAAAAUAGUCAAUAUAUACCAAAGAGAAAUUUUGUUUUUUGUAUAAAAAAAAAAAAUGUUUUUUUUUUUUUUGCAAAAAGAUUAUUUUCAAUCGUGAUUUUCUUUCUCGUAAAUCAAUUAUUAUCAGUGAAAAUUUCUCCUUAGAUGACAAUUCUUUAUCAAAAAAAAAGGAGAUGUUUUUCUAUUUUGCGGGAUGAGAAAAAUCACGAAGGAAAAAGGGAAAUAUUAUCAAAUAAUCCCCCCCCCCCACGAGGGUUUAAAUACUCACAGGACAAUCUUUAAGAACGACAUUAAUCUGUGUUUCGAUAUCAAGUGUUUUCUACCUAUUAAUAAUAUAAUAGGAGAUGAGAGGAAAGUAAAUUGUUGAGCAAUGUUAAUUUUAAAAAAGAAAUUUUUUUUUUAGUUUUUAUUUUUCUGUUAAAUUUCAAAAUUUUUUUUUAUAAACAAAAUUCUUAAUGAAGAGAAAAGGAAUUUUUAGCAUUUAGAAAAAGUUUACCAAGAAAAAAAAAAUAGUUAGAAAAGUAUUCGACUUUAAUUUUUUAAUCUAAUUUUUAAUUAGAAAUAAAAUUUUUUAAUUUAAUUUUUAUUUUAAAAAUAAAAUUUGUUCUAGGUAGACAAAAAUUGGUUUUUAAAUACCUACACUCGAAAAUUAGAAAUUUUUUACUAAUUUGAAUUAGUAACUCAAUUUUUGAUUUUUGAAUUUUACUGAUUCGAUAGUAAAAAAAUUAAUUUUACUAAUAAUACUAAUUAGUAAUAAAAUAAAACCUUUGAUUUUGUAGUAGAAUAAAAUUUUUUAUGAUAAAAUUAUUUUUUUUUAGUAAAAAAAGAGUUAUAAAAUAGAAAUAAAAUUUCAUAAAAAAAAAUUUUUAUUUCUCACUCUCAUUCACUCUAUCUAAAUGUAAUUUAAUUUUACCUUUAUAUAACUUGACAAAGUUUUCUUGAAGAAAAAAAAAAUCUCUUGAAAAAUGUCCACAAUCUUUGAUAGAAUUUUUGCUCUUACUUUUAUAUAAAAAAAAACUUUACUAUAAAAAUCCUCAACAAUUCACUUUUCUCAAGUUAAUGUCGUUUUCUUGUCUCAUUGUAAAAGUUAUAAAACGAGAAAAACAUGUCUUUCUCGUAAAAAAAAAAAAGAAGUUUGUGCAUUGGAGAUUUUUACAAAAAAAAAAAAAUAUCAUCAGGUAUGUACUAGGUAUUAUAUCUUAGGAUAAAAUUUAACGAUAAUAAUAAUAUUAAAUUAAUGAUUAACGCUUAUUGGUAAUUCGUUAUACUUGAAUAGAAGAAAAAAAAAACAUGUAAUAAUCGACGCUAACAAAAGAGAAAAAAAAGGGGCCAGAAAUUAGGUUCUUCGUUUAAUAUUCAUUAAAAAAAAAACUGCCCUAACUUUUUAUCGAAUUGAAAAUUAAUUAUUUUUUUUCCUUUUUUAUUUAUUAAAAAAAAAUUAGCGUCGUGAUUUAUCGAGCUGUUACUCCUUUUAUUUUUAAUUAUAGAUAUUAUAUUUCACCAAAAAAAAAAAAUUGACAUUUUUGUGAGAAUAUUGUUCAACAAAUUUAGAUAAUAAGGACCUCUGUCCACAAAAUAUGUUUUUAAUGGGUAACAGUUUCGACUAGAUAAUCCAUUAUUUAUUUUUAAUAACACACAAAAAAAAAUUUCUAAUUUAUUUUUCCAAAUAUUAUAAUAGAAGUUAGAAAAAAUCAAUUUUUUUCGAAUUUUAAUAUAAUGAUUCGAGUUUAGAAUAUUAUGAGUAUAUAGUUAUGGUGGGAUUUAAAAAAAAAAAUAUUUGAAAAAUUAUUCUAAUUUCGAAAAUGACGAUGACACUGUGCAUUUUAGAUUUUAAGAUAUCGAAUAGGACUAUAGUAAUAAGUAAUGUGUAGUGAUGUAUAACAUAAGUUUAUAUUACAUAAUAAAAUCUCUCUAAAAAAAAAAAUUAAA